ACGAGCGAGCAUCAUGGCCGAGCCUAAGCAACGCACCGUGACGGGCGUAUUCUUCUACGUGCCCAACCUCAUCGGCUACACGCGUGUCGUACUGUCGCUUUACAGUUUGGCGGUGGCACUGACGGACUACAAGACCAGCGUGUUGUGUUACGCCCUGAGCUUUACUUGCGACUACUUCGACGGCUUCUUCGCGCGCCUCUGCGACCAAUGCUCGACGUUCGGCGCUGUGCUGGACAUGGUGACGGAUCGCUGUUCGACCGCUGGGCUGCUCGUGGUGCUGUCGCACCUGUACCCGCAGUACAUGAUAGUGUUUAUGUAUCUGCUGAUCCUCGACUUCUCUAGCCACUGGUAUCACAUGUAUUCGAGUCGCGGCCACCACAAAGUGGUAGCGGCCGAGCGCAACUUCCUACUUCGAUUUUACUACGGCUGCUAUCCGUUCUUCGGCUUCUGCUGCGUGGGUGCCGAGCUGUUCUACAUUCUUCUCUACGUGCUUCACUUCGACCCCACACUGCUGAUUCCAUUCAUCAACGUCCCCGUCAUGCAGCUGUGCUACUACGUGUGCCUGCCCGCCUGCGUGUGCAAGAACAUCACGAACGUGGCGCAGCUGUGCAGUGCCGCACAUUCAGUUGCGUCUGAGGACGUGGCGCUCGCCAACAAGGCCAAGUAGGGAGCUGACAUCCAUAAGCAGUAGAGAACCAAGCGGAGCAGAAGUUUGCGCACGAGUAGUCAAGUCGUCUUUGCCCCAUGAGUGUAUGCAGCAGGUAGGAGGAAGUCUGUAAGUAAGAGAAAUAUGAGGCAAAUAUGCAAAAAAAACAUCAAAGAUAUCGCGAAA